CGUCGGCUGUGUUGCGAAGGGCAUACUCGUGUUGGAAUCUGUGCUUUCUUGAACACUAAUAUGAAGCAGGCCUGUCUGGAACCUACAUCAUCCUGUUUCCAAUGACCCAACAGGACCUGUGAGGAGUUUACACCUUCAUAACUACCCGCCAGUGAUGUAAAAGAGUCUCGGGAUGUCAGAGGAACAGUGCACGCAAAUAAGGGGCGCAGUACAAACACUUCCUCCUCCUGCUCGUCCGUAGACAUAAUGAUCUCACGACUUCUAUUUCCCGUCCGUGUUCUGGAGGUAAAUAGUGGAGAGGAACGGUCUCGCCUUUCCGUCUGGCAAUUCCUCAAGUAACGCUGAUUUAUAGAAGCAGUUUCCAGACGCUGCCGCUCUUCACCUGCCACGCCUUCCACACCUGCCCUCCUGCCUCGCCUGCCCUGCACCAUCUCUCCUUCCAAGCCUCGCGGGGAGACUGAGGUAGAUCUGCUGCGUCUGUUUCCCAUUAGACACCCCUCGUUGCGUCAUGCCAGCGGUGACGUGCUCAGAGGAGAUCGUGAGGAGAGCAGGUGAUGAUUAAUGCGUGGCGGGGAGAUGCGGGAAGACUAGGAAAAAGAAGUGAUGUGAUAAGCUGUAGAACGUGAAGUCAAGAAAGAAGAACGUCUACAAAAAAGGAAACGAAAAAAAUGAAGCAUAAUCAAACAAAUUAAUAAAAGAAAGGAAAACACGACAAGAGGAUAUAAAGUAGCGAAGAAUGGGGUUAAUACAGUGCAAGUCAAGUAACUUAUUCCGGUGACCACAAUGACCUGCACCACGCAAUAGUCGUUCAUUACAAGGCCAACACUAGAAGGGCAAACCCAGCAGAGGCACAACCACAAAAAACCACCAUCACCACCACCGUUAUCUACUUCACCGAUGCCUCCCUUUACUCUCCCUUAGCUUCGCGGAACACUACGAAGAUGCAAAUACAAAAUGAAGUCGCAGUUUUCGACCCGCCUGUUCUUAGCGCUGCUGUUCAUCCUUCUCGUGGCAUUCCUGGAGACCCAAUGCCUGGACACCGCCGGCAGCGAGGAAAGGAGAGUAUUAGUCAAAGAGAUGGAGGAGCAGACAGAUCAGGAAAGAGAGGGGUUUAUGAGCAUCAUGACCGGAAAGAACGAAAUAGCGGAAAACCUCAUAAGAAAUAAAAAUAGCCUCGAGAGGAAAAGGAACCAAGGUGACGCUGUGGGAGGUAGAGAUAAAAGGAAGACAGGAGAUGACGGUGACAGUCUGAGUGAUACAGUCGUCAAGGGGAAAAAGAAGAAGAACCGAGUCAUUAAAAAAAAUCGUAAACAGACUGAUGGCUUGAAAAAUCUAGUAGAAGGUAAAAACCAUGGGAAGGUUAAAAAGAUAAAGGAUAAGAAAGUAAAAGGCAAACCACUAAAAAUAAAGAAAAAGAAGAUUCCAGUAGAUAACGAAGACGGAAAAGACAAGAAAACAAGAAAUAACGCAGCAAAAAAGGGAAAGAAAGGAGGCAAGGGGAAUAAAGGAAAGGGUAACAAGCAGAAAGGCAACGAGACGACAAACUCGAGCGAGAAGAGCAGCAAGAGCAUCACCACCUCUAAAAAACAUCCUACGUUCAGCUUCUCCAAUUAUUUGCUGGCAGAUUGUGGAAAAACAUAUAAUUUGGUCCGAGGAACGUCUUACCUGUUCACUAGUGACGGGGGACAGCAGUCGAGAAACUGUCGCUCAACGUUUUUGAGCUCCCCUGGCACCAGCAUCAAGUUUUUCUGUCCAGUAUUCAACCUUCACCUCAAGAAAUGCAAGAAGGAGAGUCUGUUGUUGACCGAGAAUAAAAGUGUCAAGUGGCCCUUCUGUAAGACUGACGUGGUGAACAUUGAGACGAUUGGGACUAGUUUACAAGUGCUGCACAAGAGGAGGAGACUCGCGAAAAAGAAGUGUCCAGGAGCAUUUCUUUGUGAAAUUAGUGUUCGCUCCAAACACGGAAUCGUCACCGUGAAGCCUCCAGUCACAACGAAACCUAAACCAACUCAUCCCGUCCCUGUCACCGACCCCUUUCCCAUCCACACCGUGAAGCCUCCAGUCACAACGAAGCCUAAGCCAACUCAUCCCAUCCCUGUCACCGACCCCUUUCCCAUCCACACCGUGCCAGGUCGGCCAACAACCACGACCACCACCCCGACCACCACCACAACCACCACCCCGACCACCACCACGACCACCACCCCGACCACCACCACGACCACCACCCCGACCACCACAACAAAGACGACAAGCACGUCAACCACUACCACGACUACGGUUCCCACAACUACAUCAACAACAACGACGACGACGACGACGACGACAACAACGGAGCCUCCCACAAGGCCCAUCCACACCAUCACACCACCCACCGGUGCCAAACCACCGCCACCCUUCCAACACAGGCCCUUCUGCCGUAACUGCACUCCCGGUAACAUCAUCGUUAACAGAAUCGUCGGUGGGAUCCAAGCUAGGGAGAAAGAGUUCCCUUUUCAGGCCCGUAUCAUGGUACAUAACAAAAUUCUCUGCUCCGGGACUCUCAUCUCUCUCAACUUGAUCCUCACUGCCGCCCACUGCUUUCCUCAAGGUCACGAGGGAACGCUUGUGACCCUUGGGGAGUAUGACACGAAAGUUAACGAGCCCUACAGCCAAGUGAUCAAAGUCAGGAAUGUUAUCAAGCACGAAAACUUCAACAAGAAAACCAUGGACAACGAUAUUGCAAUUCUGGAGUUGAUUGAGCCUGCAGUGAUCACCCCUUACGUCAUUCCUGCCUGCAUCGCCACCUCCAAGGACACCUUCCCAUCAAGCCUCACCGUCACGUCUGGAUGGGGCCACGAUAAAUUUGGUGGUUCAGUAUCUACAGUACUGAUGAAGGUGGGAUUGGAUCUCAUCUCCAACGAGGAAUGCCAGCAGAUGUACUCCAGUAGAGGCUACACCAUCACUUCCAAUAUGAUUUGCACGUACACCCAAAAUAAAGACGCCUGCCAGGGGGACAGCGGGGGUCCCUCGUAAGGCAGACGACUGAUGGCAAGUGGGUGUUGAUUGGCAUUGUGAGCUUCGGCUACAUGUGCGCCCACGAGUCAUCCCCGGGCGUCUUCACGAACGUCGCAGUCUACAAAGACUGGAUCUCCAGAAACAUUUAUCACUUGAAUUGUUAAAUUCCUUAACUUUUUUUUUUUUUCUCUCAUUUUAUAUCAAUGACUGCACUUAGAACUAUGGUGACACUUACUAAAGGAAUAUUGCAAUCAUAUCUACUUAUUUACAUAUAUUCAUCCAUUCUCUCUCUCUCUCUCUCUCUCUCUCUCUCUCUCUCUCUCUCUCUCUCUCUCUCUCUCUC